GAACUCCAGUUGCUGUUCGGCCGAGGCGCGACACGCAGUCGGCCACGAAAAAACCACGGGAACCCCUUUAUUAUUGUGUCCACACACCGGAUCCGGACGUCCCGCCUGCGGAGUGCGAUUGUUUCGGCGACGCGGGACAGCGCCGACAGCGGAGCGUGGGAGUACCGUGCUGGGAAGUGGUACCCGGAGCCUGGGACGCCGGUGAACAAAUCGGCGACACCUGAACGAGAACCGUCACAGCAGGACCAAAAAUUAUUUAAUAAAUGACAAUCUGUUGUACAAAUGGCUGCUCUACAACACGCGAAUCUGUGGCAGGACGGGUGCGCUUGCAGGAAAACACGACCGCCCAAAAUCGGGGACAUACCAAGACAUUCAGCCGUGGAAGUUGACUUAAAACCGAAGGAGGCGGAGCCGAAUGGCGCCACCGCAUUCCCAUACCAGAAGACGGCGACGUCGACGUCGUCCCCCGUCGAAAACGAGCCCGACAACCGAAUCCCCGUUUCUGUGAUAAGUAACGACGUGCCUUCCCUUAAAAAACUGUCCGAGUCGGCCAGUUCCAUGCACAUCAAUCCCAAGGUGGUUCACCAAUCGAAAUCAUUAGCCGCCGAUAAUCGACCGAUUUUCCCAAACUGCCCCUUCUCGCCGUAUGCAAGUCCCACCAACAGCCCCAGGUGCAACAGGAAGCGACAGCCGUUGAGGGAGUCCCGCAGGGUCAGCAUCGAAAAGUCCGGCAUGUAUUUGCAGUUGAACCAGUACAGACUUAUGGAUUCAAUUGGACAGGGCUCCUAUGGAAUAGUCAAGCUUGCCUACAAUGAAGAAGACGAUACUCAUUAUGCCAUGAAAAUAAUGUCCAAGAAAAAGCUGCUUAAAAAGGCAGGAAUGUUCGGCAGAUUGCCCCCCAGAAUGGACAAAAACUCGGCCAAGCAUCCGGUGCACAAAGUCUACAGGGAAAUAGCCAUACUAAAAAAGCUGGACCACCCAAACGUGGUCAAACUGGUGGAGGUCCUCGACGACCCAGUCGAGGAUCAUCUUUAUCUAGUGUUCGAGCUUCUGGAGGGCGGACAGGUUCUGGAAGUGCCCACCGACAAGCCCCUGGAGGAGGAGCAGGCCAGGCAGUACUUCAGGGACGUAGUUCUUGGCAUUGAAUACCGUAAGCCUCUCACAGAGUCACCAAAGCACCACACUAACGUAACCAUUACAGUGCACUACCAGAGGAUAAUCCACAGGGACAUAAAACCGGCCAAUCUUCUCCUGAGCGAGUCCGGUCGUCUGCAGAUCGCCGACCUGGGCGUCUGCAACGAGUUCCACGGUUCGGACGCGUUCCUGAGCAGCACGGCCGGCACGCCGGCGUUCACAGCCCCGGAAGCGCUGGGCGAGCAUCGGGCCGGCUUCAGCGGCAAGGGGGCCGACAUUUGGUCCAUGGGCAUAACUUUGUACGCCUUCGUCUACGGCAAGGUGCCGUUCUAUGACGAGAACAAGAUCGGGUUGUAUUCGAAGAUCCGGAGCCAGCCGGUGGAGUUUCCGGACAAGCCCGAGAUUAGCGAUGAACUGAAGGACUUGAUUAGGAAGAUGCUGAUCAAAGACCCGACUAAAAGGAUCACUUUGGCUGAAAUCAAAUUGCAUCCUUGGGUGACCAAAGGAGGGCUGCAUCACCUCCCCAGUGAGGAGGAGAACUGCCACCUGGUGGAGGUGACGGAGGAAGACGUGGCCAAGGUCAUCACCUCCAUCCCCAAGCUGGACACGCUCAUUCUAAUCAAGCACAUGCUUAAGAAACACUCAUUCCAAAACCCAUUUUUACAUCGCAGAGACACCCAAAUUGGCACGGACCGUUCGGACGAUAAGUCGGCACAAAGGCAGCACAUAGGAAGGUCGGGACGUUCGAAUUCGGCGCCUGGUAGUUACGAUUGGUUGCAGGAGAAACAGCUGUCGCUGGACUCGCCGCUUGAGGCAGUCAAGGAGGUCAACGUCGACCACAAUCAGGAGUUGCGGUGAUAGAACCCCGAUCCAAGACUGUUGUCCUCUCCAUGAGGGAUUUUAAACUUUUAUUUUUUUAUAUUUUCUUUUAAUAAAUGGUUUUUUUGUUUUUUA